AGGAGUGCAAGUUGCUGAUGAAGUAUGUCGCAUUUUUUAUGAUAUGAAAGUUCGGAAAUGCUCCACACCAGAAGAAAUUAAGAAAAGAAAGAAGGCUGUCAUUUUUUGUCUCAGUGCAGACAAAAAGUGCAUCAUUGUAGAAGAAGGCAAAGAGAUCUUGGUUGGAGAUAUUGGUGUAACCAUAACUGAUCCUUUCAAGCAUUUUGUGGGAAUGCUUCCUGAAAAAGAUUGUCGCUAUGCUUUAUAUGAUGCAAGCUUUGAAACCAAGGAAUCCAGAAAAGAAGAGUUGAUGUUUUUUUUGUGGGCACCAGAACUAGCACCUCUGAAAAGUAAAAUGAUCUACGCAAGCUCCAAGGAUGCAAUCAAAAAGAAAUUUCAAGGCAUAAAACAUGAAUGUCAAGCAAAUGGGCCAGAAGACCUCAAUCGGGCUUGUAUUGCUGAAAAGCUAGGUGGAUCCUUAAUUGUAGCUUUUGAAGGAUGCCCUGUGUAGAUUAUCAUUCAGUGCCACAAAUUGAAAGCUUCCAUGUUUAACGUUAUCCUCUUGCUAUAUAACUAAAGCAAAUAUAUUUAGGCCAGGAUUUCACUGAGGGGGACUGUCUUGUCAUCUUUUAGAGUAAACUAAAUAUUCCAUAAACUUGUGCAAAUGGCCUUAAAUAAAUCUAAAAUCUAAAGUUUUAUUGGUGUGAAAUUAAAUUCUUAUUGGCCAAAUGCCUGUUUUGUUGAGUUGACUUAAAAGAUUUUUGUUAAGCUCAGGAUUUUUAAUAGUACAGUUCACUAAACAGUACCAGGCCCGUGAAGAGAAUUAUUACAUCUUUGUUAACCUUAGCAGUUAAUUUCUUUCUUUUGCUUAGAGAAUUUGUCAUAAUCUGGUUAUAAUUUUGGCCCAAAUUCUUUCUUCCUUGAACUAAGUAGAGUAAUGGAAUAUAAUUCUUCUCAUAACAUAAAGCAACACUAACACACUAACAAUGGUAAGAUUGUCAGGCAGUCUUUUAAUUCUAGCAAAUGUGUAGUGGAGACUGCCUCAAAAUCAUGUCCAUUUAUAAUCCACACUGGUCUUGCGGAGCACUAUUUCAAGCAUGUCAUUGGAAUGCAGGAAGCAGCCCUUGCACUUGUGGUGAGCUUGCCACUCCGUGGGUGGAAGACUGUUCUGAGAGUGACCUUGCAUCUUGGAAAUCAUGGUGUGUCCUCAGGAGAAUGUACAAUGUCUUGUAACAACUAAUUAUAAUGCAAAUUAGGGCUCCAUUGUGAUUUGCUUUGUUAAUGAAAAUGAUAAAACAGUAUAUUAACAAGCUAGGACACCUGUAAUAUUUUUAAUCGUGUUUUUCCUAGAACUUUGCUGCUUCUGGUACACUGAGGUGUAGAAGAACAUCGGGUAUAUGAACAUUCUGGUACAGUAAGGUGUAGAACAUUGGGUAUAUGAACAUACUGGUACAAGAAGGUGUAGAAGAACAUUGGGGCCUAGGAGAACUGAAUUCCCUAGAGCAGUUUGUCCAUAGUGUGUGAAAUGGGGACAGAUGACACUCACAGGGAGCCACUGCCUGAUGACACUUGGAAGUGAUGGUCAUUAACGUCACAGGUGUACCACUUUAAACAAUAUAGAGAUGCACAACAGUUGAACUUUAGAAGUAGCAGUAUUGGCUUUAUGUAAUAAAGGAAGCAUUUUUAACUUU